GCCCUUAGAGGGCGCUGUUGCGGCGCGUGGUGGUGGUGGUCCAGCGAAGGCGGGGCGCCCUGACGUCACUUCCUGGUAUCUGGAGGGGAAAGCGAGCGCGAGAGAGGGAAGCGCUGCUGCUUCUGCUGUCGGAACAUGCCGCGAGGCCGGAGCGCGCGGCUCGGCCUGGCCUGACUUCCUCGACCUGCCUUCUUGCGGGGGCCCAGCAUGAGCGUCCAGCCGGGCCCCCGCGUGGCCGUGAAGAUGGAGGUGGCCCCUUUCUACAGCGAGGACGGGCUGGAGCUGCUCCCGGACUUUGUGCAGCUGCCGCCGGGCUUCAACGGAGAGGCGGCGGCGGCGGAGGAGGAGGAGAGCGGCGCCCAGCAGCAACAACAACAGAAGCUGCUCCUCGUGGCAAGCAAGAAGGUGCUGCCUCGGACUGCAACACAGCCGGAUUUAGGCGGGGGCGCGUCCUCGUCAGAGGCGGCGGGGCGCUUCCCUGUCCUGCCGGGGCCUGAGGGGAGCCUGCUGAAGCUGCCGGGGGCGGCGCCGGACUUGGAGCAGCUGCUCCUCCCGGGACUGAGUUCCCCGGCCAGCCCCGGCCUCUUGUUCCGACCUCCUCCGACCUCCGCGCCCCCGCCGCCGCCUCCUCCUCCUUCGGCAGUGACCCAAGAGCAGGAAGGCUUCGCAGAUGGCUUCGUCAAGGCCUUGGCCGACCUCCACAAGCAGAACCAGCUCCUCGGCGUCUCUCCCGCGCCGCUCUCGCCUUCCUUGUGCCCGCCGCCGCCGCCGCGCCAGGAGGCCGUCUACACCACUUUGGGCGGCUUCGACCCGGGCAGCCCCCCUCCUCCUCCGUCGGGAACCACCACCACCGCCUCCUCCGCCUUCUUCUCCCGGAGGGCGCUGGAGGAGCCGCAGACGGUGCCCGAGGCCUCGCCGGGAGUGCCGCCGCCUCCUCCUCUCCCGCUCUCCUCAGGCGACUCUCCCCCGCCGCCGCCGUCCUCUCUGUCCCCGCUGGACGCCGAGAGCCAGGAGCGGCUCAAGGCCGAGCGGAAGCGCCUCCGCAACCGCAUCGCGGCCUCCAAGUGCCGGCGGCGGAAGCUGGAGCGCAUCGCCCGCCUGGAGGAGAAGGUGAAGGCGCUGAAGGGGCAGAACGCCGAGCUGGCCGCCACCGCCAGCCUCCUCCGCGCCCAAGUGGCCCAGCUCCAAGGCCGCGUCCGCAGCCACCUCUCCAGCGGGUGCCCCAUCAACGCCAACGCCGCCGCCCCCGAGGCGCGCCCCGAGGCCGAGGCCUGCUGAAGCCUCCCCCCAGUCAGAGCGAGCCCAGGAGGAGGACGGGGAAGAGAGGGCCAGCCACCAGGGGCUCUGAGGGGACACCCAGGCCCCUCAGGAGUAAGAGGGGAGAGGACUGCUCUUUUGCACAGGCCUUGGGGUGCUUUUGUGGGCCAGCCAUGAACUUUGAAGACGAAGGGAAUAGCAGAGAGGCCUCCUCAUCUCCACAGGCCUUGGGGUGUUUUGUGGACCAACCAGGGACUCUGAAGAGGAAGGCAAAAGCAGAGAGGCCUGCUUGUUUACACAGGCCUUGGGGUUUUUGUGGGCCAGCCAUGAACUUUGAAGAGGAAAGCAAGAGAAGAGAGGCCUGCUCUUUUGCACAGGCCCUUGGGUGCUUUUGUAGGCCAAUCAGAAACUCCAUAGGGGAAGAAGGAACUCUGAAGAGGAAGGCAAGAGAAGAGAGGCCUGCUCCUUUGCACAGGCCUUGGGGAGCUUUGUGGACCAACCAGGAACUCUGAAGAGGAAGGCAAAAGCAGAGCGUCCUGCUCUUCUGCACAGCCCUCUGGAAGAUUUUGUGGGCCAGCCAUGAACUUUGAAGAGGAAGGCAAAAGCAGAGGGGCCUGCUCUGCUGCACAGGCCUUUGGGUGCUUUUGUGGGCCAAUCAGAAACUCUGAAGAGGAAGGCAAUCGCGGACAGGCCUUCUCUUCUGCACAGGCCUUUGGGUGAUUUUGUGGACCAACCAGGAACUCUGAAGAGGAAGGCAAAAGCAGAGGGGGCUGCUCUUUUGCACAGCCCUUUGGGUAAUUUUGUGGACCAGCCAUGAACUUUGAAGAGGAAGGCAAUAGCGGACAGGCCUUCUCUUUUGUACAGCCCUUUGGGUCUUUUUGUGAGCUGAUCAGAAACUCUGUAGAGGAGGAAGGAACUUUGAAGACGAAUGCAAGAGCAGAGAUGCCCACUCUCUGCUUCUGUAGACCAACCAGAAUCAUAGAGUUGGGAAAGACCUCCUGGGCCAUCCAGUCCAACCUCAUUCAGUUAAGAAGCAGGACAAUCGCAUUCAAAGCAUCCCCGACAUGGCCAUCCAGUUUCUGCUUAAAAGCCUCCAAAGAAGGAGCCUCCACCACACUCCCAGGGCAGAGAGUUCCACUACUGAACUACUCUCACAAUUAGGAAGUUCUUCCUCAUGUUACUAAUGUUCGGAAACUGACGAGGAAGAAGGAACUCGGAAAAGGAAAAAGGAACUCCUCUGGGGGCACAGCACCCAACUGCUCUGCUCUUAACACAGAUGCAAACUGGUGUCCCAAAGUAUUUUCACUCUGCAUACACAAACUCUGAGGGUGAUUACUCAAACCACUGGUGCGCACCUUUUUUACCGUUUGUUGGUAAAUAGUCAUGGCCUCCUCUGGUCCUCGAGAGAGAGGCAAUAGGCAGGGUUAUUGUUACGUAUUAUUAUUAUUACAUUAUAACAUGGAUUUUGUUCCUCGUCUUUCGCACUCUUUGUGGGUAAAUGGAAUCAUUGUCUUCUCCAGUCUUCAAAAGAGAGAAACAGGCAAUUGGCAUUUAUUUAUUUAUUAUUAGUACACUGUAACACAAAUUUUGUUCCUCUUUCACACAGUUUGUGAGUAAACAUAGUCUCAGUCUCCUCUGGUCCUCAAGAGAGAGAAAGGAGCAAUAGGCAGGUUUCUUUAUUACACAUUUUUUGUUCCUCAUCUUUCGCACCAUUUGUGGGUAAACAAUCCCAUUCUCCUCUGGGCCUCAAGAGAGAGAAAGGGGCAAUAGUACACUAUGUAACAAAAUUUUAUUCCUCUUUCGCACCUUUUGUGGGUAAAUAGAGUCACGGUCUCCUCCAGUCCUCAAGGGAAAGAAAGAAGCUAUAGGCAGAUUAUUAUUAUUAUUAUUAUUAUUAUUAUUUAUAACAAAUUUUGGUCCAGAGAUAUAAAGAUCAUUUCCUAAUUGUUUCUUAUCAUAAAAAAUGGGGAAAGUUUAUUAAACUGCAAAAAUAAUAUUUUUGUGGGACAUCCUGCAGCACAUUUUGCCCUAGUUUUUCAAUGAAUAUCUCAUCAAGUCUCAACCACUUCAGUAUAGGCUUGUGGCAAACACAAAAACAAAGUUUCUGGAGUAUAACAACAACUUUCGAAGUAAGCACUCCACAAUUAAACAGGAAAUAACACUUUCAAACCAAGAACAGAUUUUUUUUCCAAAUUUCGUGACAUAGUGUUGUUAUUAUGUCUUCAAGUGUGGGAGUCUCAUCCAUUCCAGAAAGGCGCUGUUCCCAAGAACUGUAUUGUUCAUCCAUCAAACUACUCUACGCAGACAUCGCCAGAAAUCCCUGCUGUGACAACAGUGGUUAUAGGUUUCUAGGGGGAAAGGGCAGGGGUCAGACUGGGCCAAUGGAUCAUCCCUGGUUAUGUCAGUGUCGUCUCUGCUGCUUGCGAUCUUGGAAAGGCUCCAAUUUGGAAAACGUGCUGGCUGUUUUACUUUGCCUGCAUUGGACCUACUUUUCAGUCACACGCAAACAUGCAUAUUAUCGCUGAAAGUCCAAAGAUUGCUUCAGAGAUGCCACCUGAGCUAAUGGUGUGAAUAGAAGUUAUCUUUGUUAAAGACUUCUUACAUUUUAGAGAUUCUUGUAUUAUAUUGUUUGUUUGUUUGUUUUUGGUGGAAGGUGGGUAGACGAUAAGUCUUUUUUUUUCAUUUGCAAAAAAUUGCAGGGAUUGUUGCAAACGCCAGUAUUUAGGGACCUGCAGUCUUAUUUAUUGAUUCUUUUCCUUUUGAAGUAAAGGAGUGGAUUAUUUUAAAGACAGUGUAACAUGAUAAGGCACUUGUAUGUCAGGCAAAUUGUUAGGCUUUUCAACAGAUCAUUAAUAUUUUUGUCAAUUAACAGUCCCUGCAGUUCUGCAUUUGGAUAAUUUUGUGAUAUGCUUCUCAAGAAUCUGAGAGGACUCUAAUCCAAAGUGUCGUAUAUGUGCUGUAGAUGUUUUCUAAAGUUGCUGAAGGCUUGAGACCCAGCAUUUCAAACAUUUAGGGAUAGGCUGUAUAUAUUUUAGAAGAUGUGGCACUGUAAUUUUUUCUUUGAAGGAGGCAACCGAAAGUCUGGAAGUGACAAAGCUGCAGUAAAAACGGUUUAAAUUGCAG